AUGUCCAGGAAAUUGUCAGCAACUAAUAUGAACACUAACAAAUGUGAGUCUUGAGGCGAAAAUAGGGGUACUGUAGGUACAAAUCUUCAAAUUUUCAGCAUCUACUGGAAAAUCAGCUGAAAAGGCGCUUUUUGAUAAAACUCAAAACAAUUCACCAACAUCGGAAGAAUAUGAUGAAGUCAUCAAAAUUGAGAUCAAAUUCGGCGACUUGAUGUAAGUUUGGCCUAGAAAACCAAAUAAAAAUAAUUCCUCUUCCAUUUUUUCAGCAACCUCGACCCUCUUCUCAAGCUAAUCAAACUACUCGAAAAAGACUUGGAAGCUCGCCAAAUAUCACCACCAACACCAACAGAAUCGCAAAAGGAAAGCAAAAAAGUUCUUGCACCGAUUCCCACCCAAGAACUGUCGCCCAAAAAAUUCGACAAGGAGCGAAAACGGCGGGAAUAUGUGAGAGGAAGUGAACUCAAAUCACCCCAAUGA